AUGACGGUGCACAACGAGAGCGAGGGAUCGCAAUCCCCCAGCAACGCCGCCCACAAGCCACCCACAAAAUCGUAUCACGAACACCGCGGCGAACCGCUCGAAGGCGCCGCUCUCGAAGAAUGUAUCGAAUCCCUCAUAGAAGGAUGGACGACCUGCGUCGAUGAGCUCUCCCAGCUCCAUACCAAAGCCGAGUCAGCUUCCAAGCCCAUCCGCGGACUGUACACCCUCCUCAAAGUCCAGCAACGGACCCUCGACAAGCUCAAAGCAAAGAAAGCGUCGCAACCGUCCCCUCCUCCUUCGACCGAAUCGAACGAAGAUGGCACUGAACCGAAACCGCUCUUUACCCCCGCCCAGUACUUCGGCAUGCGCAGUUGCUGCUGGGACGAGAGGUGGUCCGUCAUAAAGAAGUGUCGCGGCCUCGUGGCCAUCAAUAAGGAGUUCGCCCGGAGCCCGAAGCAGCCGGUGCCUGGGGGAAAGGGGUGGUUGUCUUACAAGGAUAAACCCCUGCUGGAAAAGCCGAUUGCUGUUGACGCCGUGAUUGAUAGCGGAGCGACGUGGUUGAAGUUUGUUUCCAUCUCGCCGAAGACGCUAGCUUACCAAAUCGCGGUGGAUGGAUGGGAGAGCGAUGAUGAAGAGGAGGAUGAUACGGCAUACAGCGAUGACGAGGAUCAACAAAACGGGAAUGGAAACGGGAUCGCGGCGAGAAACGGCGUCCAAGAAGCGCUGGGGAAUACCGAGUUCGCCGAGUCCAUCAAGAAGGUCAUCCUCGCUGCGAGAUGGAACCACUGCCAUCAUCUACACCUCCUCCUUCCGGGCCUGCGCGAUGGCGAGUCCGAGCCCGUGGACAGAAUGCUGCGCUACAUCCGCGAAAAGAUUGGUGGCGACGACGUUUCUGUUACCGUGAGCUGCGCCGACAGCCCCCUCCUCGCCGACGCGCCACCACCACUCGACACCGCUUUGGCCGCCCUCGUCGACGAACGCGACCCUCUUGUGGCCGACGACUGCGGACGCAUCACACCCACUGCGAACCUCGACCCGAGUGUGCUGGUCUCGCUGGUGACGGACUUGCAUCACGGCCUCGUCGAUUUGCAGCCCGAGUUCCAGCAGAGGGUGAUCGCCAGGUCGGUAUCGGACCACACGACGGACAGUAAUGAGCUGGUGCCGCGUGAGGACAUUCUGGCCAAGGUGUUGUACCCGGCGCUGAGGGGCAGGAAGCUGGUGACAACUCGUCUGGCCGCUCGCUACUUCCGGCAACUGAUCGCGUCGAUAUCUACACACUCCGAAGAAGUGCGCGCUUCGUUCAUUUUGCCUCCUGAUGCGCCACCCGCUCUCCUUAGUCCUGGUGGCAGUUCUGAACCACUCUCGACGGCCAGCCUCACCCCCGAACAACGCCGGGCUGAACUGCAGAGGUGGUCCGCCGUCCCUGUGCCCGAUGAUCUUCUCCUCCCGGUGCAAAUCGUGGACGAUAUCGAACUGGAACAAGUUUCCCCGCUCAUCACAGAGGGCAAGCUCCCGCCCAUGGCCCUCGGCGUCGCCCAAGACUUGUCAAGGCUGAACCGCUCCGUCUAUCUCUACGGAUGGGUGAACCGCCUGACGACAAUCACCGGCCACCGCGGCAUCGAGCGCCAGAUUUGCCUCUCACUAGCCACGCAUUGGACACCGGCCACCGACAAUUACCGUGGGAGCGAAAACGACGCAAAGAACAACGAGAUCCCUCCAGAUAUCUGGCACCGUCACCUAGGAGGUUAUUUGAUUCACAGAGACAAGCCACGGGACUGGAAAGCGUUGAUCGCCGGGUACGAAGAAUGCAAGGACGGAAGGAUACCUUCUGAGGUGGUAAGGUGGACGAAUCCCUGGACGACGUGGGGGAGAGGUAUCAGCACGUAUGGAUUGCCGGACACGAAGACUUGGGAGGGCGUCGGGCAUGCGGAUAAGCAGAGUUUUGGGAGGAAACUGCAGACGAGGGAGGAGAGGGGGCAGAGGAAUCCUGGUGAUGAGCAGGAUGUGGACGAAGAGGAGGAGGAGAGGCAGUCCAAGGAGGAGGACGAGAAGAAGGAGGAGGAUGAGAAGAUUGCGAGCCCGGUUGAUGCGCACCCGCCUGCGUUGACGACUACUGCUAUUAGUGCUACGCCUCCGACUCUUUAGGUGCUGAAAAGUCCUUGAGUCGUUGUUGAACGGUGUCUGUACCAGUCAGAACUUGUUGAUACUCGGUCGGAAAAGAGACAUAGAUGCAUGGACGGUGUUUCGGUUGUUGCAUGCACAUACGCAUCGGCGGUGAUUCGGUGGUGGAGGAGGAUAUACACUGUACGAUUUGGAAAGAUGGACUGAUGGACCUCCAGUCCCGUUCAGAGGGAGGGACGACGUCGGACGUGCACGGUUGGAGCGGAGUUUGCUUUUUGUCGUUGUUGAGGUUUUGCACCACUGUUUGGCUUAUGCUUUGCUUUGCUUGCGAGCGAUGCAUUACUCUUCCGUUUCGAUACCCUCGGCAAUCUUUCGAUUAAUGCCUGCUUAAUUGGCUCCUCGUUCUAGAGAGAAGAACGAGUUGAGCAAACAACAGUAGUAUGCGGUUAAUUUAAUUCUUCAGUUGGUGUUUCAA